AUGGCUUCUAUCUUCUGUGCUAUUUCCUUCAUUAAAAGUGUUUUCGUCUCAAGUUCGGGAAAGUAUUGUACCGGGUCUGCGGUCUACCGAACAGAAACUACUGAAUUUGCUGAAUAUAAGUUUAAAACAUUUUAUAUGGGAGAAUCAUCGCUUAUUGAAGAAUUGACUGAAAAAAUCAUCACGAUGAUAAUUGGUUGUUUUGCAUUCGAAGAUGAGUUAAAUGUAAAUAUAAAACCUAACUUGUUCAUACUUGAGAUGCAGGCAAAUUGCCUCAAUAAUUACAACCCUUCUGAACCACAUGAUGACAGUGCUAUAUUUCGUCUAAAAAAAGGUGUCUAUAAUAGUAUUAAUGGAAAAACCACUGAUUUGUCAGUUAUAUGCAAGUGUAAUCCAAAUCUGAAAGGUCGUCAUUCUAAUGUAACUGAAGCUACACAUUGUCGAACCAUUUUUUCUGUUACCGGUGAAUUAAUUUUUGUUGAGAAAUCUGUCUUUGUAUUAUGUGAAACAAUAGAAUAG